CCCAAAAAACACAAUAAAUCCCACCAACUCCUCUCCUUUCCUCUCUCCAAUUUAUCCAUCAAUCCAUCAAUGGCUGCUCCCUCUCUCCCAUUAUAGCCUCCUCAACCAUGGUGGCCGCCCCCGCCCAGACGGCCUCCUUGCUCCUCCUCCUCCCGCUCCUGGUGGCCGCCUCCUCCUUCCGAGAAGCCCCCAAGUUCCGCAAUGGCGAAAGCUGCCCCGCCACGGCCAUCCACAUCGCCAUGACCCUGGACGCCAACUACCUCCGCGGCACGGCGGCGGCGGUCCUGUCCAUCCUCCAGCACUCGUCGUGCCCGGAAAACGUGUUGUUCCAUUUCGUGUGGGUGCGCAACGAGCCGGCCGUGUCCUCCGCCAUCAAGGCCACCUUCCCUUACCUGAGGUUCAAGCUGUACCGGCUCCAAACCGCCCGAAUCCGCGGCCUGAUCUCGAAAUCCAUCCGCGAAGCCCUGGACCAGCCCCUCAACUACGCGAGGAUCUACCUGGCCCAGACGCUGCCCUCGGGCGUGGGGCGGCUCAUCUACCUGGACUCGGACCUGAUCGUGGUGGACGACGUGGCGAAGCUGUGGGCGACGGACCUCAGGGGGAAAGCCCUGGGCGCCCCCGAGUACUGCCACGCUAACUUGACGACCUACUUCACCGACGCCUUCUGGGCGAGCCCGGAACUGGAGGGGACGUUCCGGGGGCGGCGGGCGUGCUACUUCAACACGGGGGUGAUGGUGAUGGACUUGGAGGAGUGGAGGAGGGGCGGGUACACGGAGAGGGUGGAGAGCUGGAUGGUGGUGCAGAAGCAGAGGAGGAUUUAUCAGCUGGGGUCGCUGCCGCCGUUCCUGCUGGUGUUGGGCGGGAAGAUCGAGGGCGUUGAUCACAGGUGGAAUCAGCAUGGGUUGGGAGGGGAUAAUGUGGAAGGGAGGUGCAGGGGAUUGCACCCGGGCCCCGUCAGUUUGCUGCAUUGGAGUGGCAAGGGGAAGCCCUGGCUCAGGUUGGAUUCCAGGACGCCUUGCGCCCUUGAUUAUCUCUGGGCGCCUUAUGAUCUUUAUCGCUCCCACACCCAACACCCAAUCUUCUAACUUUGAUUUAUGUAUAACUUCCAACUUCCUAUUUCUUCUCAAUUUCCCAUUUUAAUUAUCACUCGGGAACUCCAUAUUAUCGUUAA